AUGGCAGACGGCGAAGGUCCGGUGGCAACAUGGUUCCCCGUCGACAAAAACAGCUGGGGCCUUGAUGUGGUCACUCUUCUUGCCGUCAUUGGCGAGUCGUCUAUGGAAGACCACGCCCAGCCCAUCACAGCCUCUGUUCUCUGUCUGCUGCCGCGUAUCUUGCCCGCUCCCCAGGCCCUUCUGAAGUCCAGGCGGCCCACCAGACUCCCCACCUACAACGCGCAGAUGGUCGGAGUCUACAAUGGCGUCGCACUCGACUCUGUGGGCUUCUUCGCCAACAUCAUACAUCCUCUGGACGACCACGUCCCGUAUUCAUUUAGGGUUAUUGAGAUCAAGCACACGGACGAGGUCUUCGGCAUAGGGAAGCCACCCAGGAGAGGCUCCUGGGCCGGCAGGCUGUGGAAACGGUCAGUGGGGAAGUCGGCCCCUCGCAAGCAAGUCCUUGACCGGCCGCCAUCAGAACUUGAUGCCGACGACAAAAAAGCACGUGACGGGACUACCAAGGGCGUCAAAUUCGACGUCGACGUGGAGAAGGGGAGCCAUGCACCUCCUGAGCCGACGAUGGGGAUCAAGAGACGACGCACAGCCAAGGAGAAGGUCACUGACUUUAUCGCAAACCCAACUCUGACACCUACCACUCGCCCUGCGGUACCACCUGCCUGGAGCAGCCCGAUUCACAUAGCCACGGUUGCGUCGUUUGUUCUGACGAUGCUCAUCUUCGGCCUGACGGCGUAUUGGAAGGAUGGCAACGCCUUGAUAGCAAUUUUCAUCAUCUCGACACAGGCGUCCCUCGUCGGAUACGCCUCCUGGUGGCGCCCACGCCUGAUGGUGCGGCCUCCUCACUCUACAAACGUUCCGCCCGGCGACAUGAUGAUUCGUACCCGAGAGGGCGCAUUCAUACUGGUCAAGUGCACAGAGGAGGUGGCGCGGGAGCUUUACACCGGGACAGAAGACUGUGAAUAUCACGUCGGCGACAAAACGUACCGAUUCCUGAUGGCCCUGGGGACGAUGCUCCUCAUGGUUGGCGUCGUCCUGCUCGGGAACACCCGGUUCGAGGCGCAAGUGCUCAUCAGCGGGAGCUAUAUCAUACUGAACGGCGCGUACUGGCUCCUUGGCAUGCUGCCUCGGAAGUAUUUCUGGGACCUAUCCCGCUACAAGUGGGAGGACAUUACACCCGCAGACGCCAAGAACGCCGAUAAGAUGGUGGUCGGCGCGGACGGGGUGGAAGGCUUUCCCAGCUUCACGAGGACACUCUGGUACGCCAUCCGCGAGACCAAGCACACCGGCUGGGUCGAGCGCAGUGGCGCGGCCCCCAGCACCUCCCAGUGGAGGCAGUGGCUGAAAGAGGCCGGCGAGAACGCGCACAAGAACCGCAAGUGGCCUUCUGUGAGCCGUAAGGACGAAAUUAUGAGAGAGAAUGUCAAUGGGCCCAAUUUCUCGCCCGGCGGGCCUGAGGCGGACUCUGCCGCGCAGCACGCGCCGCUCCGGGAGGUGCAACCCAACCCGGAGCCGGUGAAGACUGGGCAACUAUAG